ACGAACACUGCGGCAACUAAAACCCUAAACCCUAACCAGACGGGCUGUCCAAUCCCCAUUCCUUACGGUUUUUGUCUGACAAUUCAUUUUGAUUUCUCAAGCAGGAGCUACAAUAAACCCCCUAGCCAUUGGAACGAGUUCGGGGAUUUCAGCGAUGGCUGCAGAGAACCAGCAACCGAAGAAAUUCAAGAAGAGGAAGCAUGGUAAGGUUGAUGCCAGGAGCCCUACCACCAAGAAGGCUAAGCUGGUUAGCGCAAAGCCGAGCUCAAACAAAGGCGGUAAACCGCCCCAACUGCAACAGAGAAAGCAGCAUGAUCCGUCAAAGCCCAAGAAACCGGAUGCCGGGAAGGAGAAGCCUCUGACAAAGAAAGAGCGCCGCCAACGUGCUAAGGAGCUCGCCGAGCUUCGGAAGAAGAAGAGGAAGCGCCAUUACACUCUCGAGCAAGAGCUUGCGUCACUUUGGGAGAAAAUGAGACAGCACAACAUUGCCAAGGAGGAUAGAUCACGGUUAGUGAGUGAAGCUCUAACAAAGAUGAAGGGCAAAAUUUCCGAGAUUGCUGCUUCCCAUGUUUCGUCUCGGGUUCUUCAGACUUGUGUGAAGUACUGCUCACAAGCUGAAAGAGAUGCAGUGUACGAGGAACUUCAGCCGCAUUUUCUCACUCUCGCCUGCAAUACUUACGCCGUCCAUCUGGUGAACAAAAUGCUAGAUAAUGCAUCUAAAAAGCAGCUGGCGGGUUUUAUUUCCUCACUCCAUGGACAUGUUGCAUCUCUCCUCCGUCACAUGGUUGGGUCUGUCGUUGUUGAGCAUGCAUACCAAUUGGGAAAUGCAAGCCAAAAACAAGAGCUUCUGAUGGAAUUAUAUUCUACCGAGCUACAACUGUUUAAGGAUCUGGUCACAACGAAGUACAGCGGAUUGGAAGAGGUGAUUUCAAAACUUGGUCUUCAGAAAGCUUCUGUAGCAAGGCACAUGAGUAGCGUGAUACAACCAAUACUAGAGAAAGGAAUUGUUGAUCACUCAAUUAUCCACAGGGUUCUGCUAGAGUACUUGGGCAUAACUGAUAAGUCCUCAGCAGCAGACGUGCUGCAGCAGUUAUCAGGUGCUCUCCUUGUUAGAAUGAUCCACACUGGAGAGGGAUCUCGAAUUGGAAUUCUGUGCGUAAAGCAUGGAAGUGCAAAGGAAAGAAAGAAAAUACUUAAGGGAAUGAAAGGUCAUGUCAGCAAGAUUGCUCAUGAUCAAUGCGGGACAUUGGUGCUCGUUAGCCUUUUUUCAGUGGUUGAUGAUACGAAACUUGUUACGAAGAUAGUCAUUCGUGAGCUUCAAGCAAUUCUAAAAGAGGCAGUUCUUGAUAAGAAUGCAAGGCGCCCAUUAUUACAGCUCCUGCACCCCAAUUGUUCGCGAUAUUUCAGUCCCAACGAUCUUUCCUCUCUCAAUUUAGCUGUUGCUUCGCUAAGUUCCAAGGAUGGUUCAGACGCCCAUGGUGAAACAAAAUCAGCGCAUGUCACUGACACUGGUAAGGCCAGAAAUAAUGAUGAUGCUGAAAUGAUUGAGGACGAAGCUGGUGAGGAUGAAAAUCAUGAGGAGGCUUCUCGCGCUGCAGAGGGUGGAAAAAAGGAUCCUUCUUUAAGAAGGCAAGAGUUGUUGAUCAAUAGUGGCCUUGCAGAGAGUCUCAUCAAUGUGUGUAUUGAGAAUGCGGAGGAGCUCCUUACGUCGAACUUUGGCAAGGAAGUCCUCUACGAGGUUGCUACUGGUGGGGCUGGUGGCAUUCUCCUCCCGACCUUAGGUGACAAGUUGAGCUCCCUGCACGAAGCUAUAGCGGCUCUUGCAGCUAAUCCUAAGUCCGAAGACGCAGAAGAGGAGCACGUCCUCGAAAAUUUCCAUUCCAGUCGAACAAUCAGAAAGCUUGUCCUAGACUGCCCAGCUUUUGCCAGCACGCUGUGGGAGAAAGCUCUGAAAGGGAAUUGCGGAACUUGGGCUCAAGGUCACAGCUCUAAGGUGGUUUCUGCGUUCUUGGAGUCCUCCGAUACUAAAGUUCGUAAACUCGCCAAGAAAGAGCUGCAGCCAUUGGUUGAUGGCGGGAUGCUGAAGAUCCCCGAAACGAAGCAGCCAAAGAACGAUAAUUGAGUCGCAGAAACCGGGAAUCUCUCGCUGCAUGCUAGCUCUUGAGCUCAUGUUCAGAUAACACAAGCAGAAGAGGUUACGUAAGAUCAUACACCGAUGAAUGUGCGCGGACUGGUCUUGGAAGUCCUCAAAGCAGUUACAGCCUGUUCGAUAGGCGAAAAUUUUGUAUGUUAGCAUAUGUUUUAUCAUCUAAGCUGGCAUGACUCUUCCUAUUUCGCUCUCAAAGGGUGUUCGAACCACGGGUUGUGUUUGAUUUUCUAAGUUCGAGACACUCCGAUGCCCAGACUCCGGAGGAUGACUUACUUCAAGUUCAACUCAUGGUCUCGCAUAAUUUUUUGAACA